AUGGCGACCCAUUUGAAUGGCGCAUGGGUACCACACAAGGUCGACCUUCAUCGCCUGUCUUUCCGCCGGGCGGUGACGCAGGCUGUGUCCCGUCCGGCUCCUGUGACGUUGGCGCAGGGAAGGAGAUGGUCACAGUCGCAACAAAUGCCCCGUUGGGCUGCUGCUGUGUCAGCCAUGGCAGCCGCAGCCACACGACAGCUGACGAGCGCAGGGCAAUCUGAGGAAGACUCGAUUUCCAGGAAACAACUCACCAGUUUCUUGAGCAUCUUGGGUCAGUCUGCUGCGGUGGGCUUGCUGGCCGCUUCAGCAUUCUGCAACUCGGCGUCCUCGGCGGUGGAGGGGAUCGACGAGAUGCGCAGCAAGCAUGCGUGUGAACUUGAGAGGCUGAAGGCCGACUAG